CCUUGUAUCCUCGCUUUAUGGGCUUCAAAGGUAUAUACUGCUUCAACCAAGGGGGAAACAGCGGACUUCAAGACUUCAAGACUUCAAAAGACUUCAAGAGACUUCAACGGACUUCAGCCGCAGUGACUUCAUAUUUUCACAAGACUUCAAAAGACUUAUGAAGACUUUAUUGGAUUUCAAAAGACUUCAUGAGACUUCACGGACUUCAUGAGACUUCAAAAGACUUUAUGAGAAUUCAUAAGACUUCAUAAGACUUCAUAAGACUUCAUAAGACUUCACAAAACUUCAUCAGACUUCACAAGACUUCGUAAGAUUUCAAAAGACUUCAAGAGGCAGAUUCCGUGCGUAUCAAAAAAACUUAUAGAAAUUAAAUGAAACCUCUAUAACAUGCAAAAAAGCUUAUCAUUAAGUAAGGGUGUCAUUUAACAUGUACUUUAUAAUAAAUACAAAUUACUUAUCAUUUAAUUUACGCGUAAAUUAAAUGAAAAGUAAAUAUAAACUGACACUCUCAUUCAUAAUGGAGUAACUAGCGUCUUCCGAGCACUAGGAACAGAAUGAUAUUGAUAAAAUCAACGUUGAAAAUAUUAUUUUAGCUGCAUUUAACCGUGCAAAAGAACUAGUUAAUAAUUUGAAUAUAUUACCUUCAUUAAAGGAAUGCAAUGCUUGUGAACUUAAUGGUUUAAAUUCUUCAUCAGAUUCUGAAUCUGAUUAUGAUAAUGAAGCAAUGGAAAGUAAUGAAUUUGAUAGUGAUCUAAUCAAUGUGGAUGAAGAAGAUAAAGAUGCGGCAAUGACACAAAACUUUGAUGAAAUUAAAACUGAGAAAAUAAAUUUUACUGGUAUGCGUAUACUCGAUUCGAUUAAUCCAGCAAUGAAAAACUCCUAUUUCCAAGUGCAUAUAAAUAACAAGACUAAAUUUAUACACAAGCAAACGGCUUGUUGGUUAUUGACCGACAAAGUUAGCCGCUUAUCGGCUGAUAGAUUAUCACGAGUGAUAGAAACAAACAAAAAGGAUUGAAAAUCUUCAUCAGAUUGAUUUGGAUAGAUGGAAAAUUUCUUCUAAAAAUCAACCACUUCAUUCAAAAAGCAUUCACUUAUUAAUUAUCAUGUUUUCUAAGAUCAAACAAACUUGAAUUUUUUCCAGUGCAUUAAAAAAAAAAUAAAAAUUUCACCUUUCUACUAAAAUAAGACCGUCGAAAACAAGACAAUUCAUUGGUUUCUUGUGAAUUUUCAUGCACGAAAUGUAUUUCAAAGCUUCCAGAAGACUUCAAGAGACUUCAAAAGACUUCAGGAGACUUCAUCAGACUUCAAGAGACUUCAAGAGACUUCAUCCGACUUCAAGAGAUUUCAUCAGACUUCAAGAGACUUCAUCAGACUUUAUGAGACUUUAGAGACUUCAAGAGACUUUACGAGAAUUCAUAAGACUUCAAGAGACUUCAUAAGACUUCGAAAGACUUUCAAGACUUCAUGAGACUUCAGUCGUGAAGUCUCCGCUGUUUCCCCCUUGGCUUCAACGAACUUCUUCCUUUAAAUUUUAUCAUGCUUUCGUCAAUGCAGACGUUGGUUCCCAAAGUAAAAUUCUUUUGAAAGUUUCUUUUCAGUAAUGAAAUGAAAUCGAAAACUUUGAAUAAUUUGAAUUGGUCGUAACUUUUUUCAAAUUGAUCUUGUUUUGCAUUAUCUGCUAAAUGAAACGCAGUAAAUAUUCGGUAGAAUUCAUCUCUUGGCAUAACACCAGCAAUCACUUCUGUAGGAAAUAUUUUGUUUCUACUCCAAUAAUCUCUUAGUCGAGGCAAUCGAUGUAAACCCAUAAUGAUUAGUAAGCCAAAGAAAGAAUGAAUAGCACUUUCAUUCAUCUGUUGCCAAUCAUUUGUACGAUUCUGUGCUAAAGACUUUUUCUCUCCAUAUAUAUUUGUAUGUUUCACCAUCAAUUCAAUAACAUCUUUUGUGAAAAAUUUGUUGAAGACGUCAAUCGGUUUGAUGGUCUUGGUAAAAGUGAUGGUUGUUCAUCCUUGCACUUGAUUUAGAGAAAAAACUGUGUCUCGAGU